AUGUGCGGUUUGUGCAAGAGGAGUACGAACAGUCGUGGAAAGCACGGCGGCAAGGCAGGACGAGUGAAGGCACAACACGGGCCGCACAGAAUGGCACACACGAGGGCGGCGUUGCGCCAGACAUCGGACCUGGACACGUUGCUGUGUAGACAGGAUCUCGACCGGCUGCAGAAGCUCGACGAAGAUGAGAAAGAGCCGAGAGAGCCGACGGUGCAGAUGGAGGACUUCUUCGAGGUUGGAGGGCCGGUGUGCCGGGCGCAGGCGAGCUUCGUCUCGUCGAGGAGUCAACCGGCAGCGAGCGACGACGACGUGUUCCUCAGGCCACCGCUCUGGGAGGACAUCACCUCGAGUAUACAGAAGCUGGACCCGGAGAACGCGGACAUGCUGGGCUCGCAGUCGCACGUCAAGAUGGAGACGGACGACGUCUCGUCGCCGGUGUUGUCGCCGGUCGAGAUCAAGAGCGAGCCGUUGCCACCGCCGCCGACCUUGCACCUCCUCGAAGCUCCCGCUUCCAACACGGUCUCGAGCUACGCCAACGGCCAUCCCAGUCCUUCCCAAGUCGUUCACCAUCGGACGGCCAGCAGCAGCAGCAAUAACAAUGGUAGCAACAGUAACAACAACAACAACAACAACAACGCUUCCAACGCUCCCAAUAGCAACAACAAUCACGGCAAUGCUAACAGCAGCGGCAACAACAAUGGCGGCAGCAACAACAGCAACAACAACGCUGUUGGGAAUGGCAACGGGAACAGCAGCAACAACAACAACAACAACAACAACAGUAGCAGCAACAACAACAACAACGACUCGACGACGAGCCACCACGGAGGGGGGAGCGCGACGUCGCCGCUUUACGGCUCGAUGACUAGGUUGAUGUACAUUUCGCCGCUGACACCGCCGAUCUCCGACCCUGGCUCGCCGAUAGGGGCGCCACCGAGGCGGACACCCCCGCCACCCUAUCCUCAGCCCUCGAUUAUGAAUCCUCCUCACAGGAUUCAACCACCGAGCAUCACGAGCAAAUUCAACAGGCGGAACAACCCGGAGCUGGAGAAGAGACGCGUUCAUCACUGUGAUUUCAUAGGUUGUACAAAGGUCUACACAAAGAGUUCGCAUUUAAAGGCGCAUCAGCGGAUACACACGGGUAAGUGGAAUCUGUGCUGCUCGCCGCGUAGAUAUUCGCCUGGCGGAAUAAACUAGAGCUCAGUGGAAGUUGGAUACAUGCGUGGCUACUCAUCUACGCGAGGCGAAGCGUUUGAAAGCGCACGAGGUCGAGAGCAGCGCUCGGCAGCGUGGGCAGGGCGCGGUUCUCGCAGCCUCUCCUUCUCUCCACUCUCUUUCUUCGUUUAACCUUCGCUCUCCGCGCAUCUCUU